AUGCGGUCGGGAGUGCGAGUGUGUUCCAUGACCUUCCUUCAGAACUCUUUCCAGGAGAUUGCCCUCUCAAAGCGUGGACUACCGGCACUGGGGCACUUUGUUACCGCACUCGCGAACCAUUUCGACAUCACCCCAGAAGCCUACCGACUUCAUGGUGAGAUAGCGCUUCGAGAGCGGUCUGAGAUGCGAAGUCUCAACUACAAUGAGCUCAAGCAGGCCGACCUUAUUCGGAAUCGGACUACGGUUAAGCCGUACACAAAGCGCACCGCCUACGACACCUAUUUCAAAAAGCUCCAGCAG